AUGGCUUUGGGCGGACAAAUUGCGAUUGUUACUGGAGCCUCACGAGGAAUUGGUCGAGGUAUCGCUCUACAGCUUGGUGAAGCCGGUGCUACAGUCUAUGUGACUGGAAGGAAACCGUCUGAAAGUGAUGCAGCUGUAUUUGAUCAUCUUCCUAAAUUGGAACAGGUUGCCAACGAGAUAACUUCUCGAGGUGGAAGAGGCAUAGCAGCAUUCGUUGACCAUUCCAAUAUGGACGAAGUAAAGGCAUUCUUCGAGAGAGUUGAACGUGACCAUAACGGGCAAUUGGAUAUCCUUGUAAACAACGCCUAUUCUGCAGUAAAGGCUAUUAUUGGCUCGGCAGAAAAGCCAUUCUACGAGUGCCCUCCAGAGAUGUGGGAUGAAGUGAAUAACGUGGGUUUGAGAAAUCACUACUAUUGUUCAGUGUAUGCUGCUCGAAUGAUGGCUAAUAACCGCAGCGGUUUGAUUGUGAACAUCAGUUCAGCUGGUGGAUUGAGAUACUUAUUCAAUGUUCCGUAUGGAGUUGGAAAGCAAGCGCUGGACAGAAUGUCGGCCGAUAUGGCUGUGGAAUUGAAGUCCAAGAACGUUUGUGUUGUAUCAAUUUGGCCCGGUGCUGUGCGAACUGAAUUGAUAACGAACUUGCUCAUUAACCCAGCUCAAGCAACGGCACCAGACGAGCGGGUUUCGAUGUUCAAAGAGGGCGAAACGACCGAAUAUCCAGGAAAAGCUGUUGUAGCUUUAGCUUGUGAUGAUAGAAGAAUGGAGAAAACAGGCCGUAUUUUAAUCACUGCGGAUAUGGGAAAUGAGUAUGGAUUCAGAGAUAUUGAUGGUCGUGAUCCACCAAAUCUACGAAGCCUCUCCUACUUAUUAUCUCACAGCGGGUACAAACAGACUGCUGAACUGGUGCCAUCAUGGGUGAGGAUUCCCGGCUGGUUGUUAUGGGGAGCUACCAGUCGAUUGUAA